CCAACUUUCACUGGAAACCGAAUAACAAAACAAUUACGGACAAUUACACACUAAUGAAUAGUCAAUUGCGGAGAAGUUAUAUAUAAUUGUUGAGUUUUGCUGCCAAAUAACGAGAUCUUCAGACUGACCACUCUGACAUGAGAUGGAAUUUUGUCAAUCAAGCACCAAUUCAUGGAUGGUCCACUUAGCCUAGCGGACAGUUCUACGCCGAAUGACAGCAUGAACAGCCGUAAUGAUCGGUCCUCGGCCAACCAUGACGACCUUUCAAGGUCAACAAACAAACUCUCCGAGAGCACACAAUCCCUUAAUAAUAGACAGGCACCGGCCCAUAGCCCAUCCCGCCAGAGCACCCUCACCCACCAACACAGCGUACAGUCCAACCAGUCCGAGGUCAAUGGCAAGGAGGAAAUACCCGGCAUUAAGUUUGAACGAAUCAAAAACCUCAAUGAAGAUGAGCUGCUGGUGAAGGUCAAAGAUAUUAUUGGUCACUUUGAGAAGUUGGAGGACUAUCACCGUGGAGAUGGGAUGCGGAUACAGAAGAUGUUAGGUGACAUGUACUGGGAUUACACACCAUUACGGGAAAACAUUGGCGACUGUUUGGCAGACAACAGAUAUGGAGAGAUAUCUAUGAAGAUGCUGAAGACCCUGAACAGUCUUGGCAUCUUCAAGAACGAUGAUGUCUGGUUCCCCACAUACUACACUUACAACACCAUGUGGAACUUUACCGAUGCCAGCAGCAAACUUGCCAAGGCGCUGUCCGACAACGACGCUGUACGACUGCUCACCCUCAACUGUGGACACAAGCCCUAUAUCAGCGCUCUGCACAGUAAAAAUGUGUUCUACGUGAUAAAAGCCUCACUCAGUAUCCUCCACAACAUUGGCAGAAACUCGGGAAUGAAACAUCUCUUUGAUGAAAACAAAACCUCAGAGACAAUCAUGCCAUUUCUCGAAGCUGAGGAUGACAUGCUUAAGAUUUUGGCCACACUGACCAUUGUACAUAUUGUAGAGGAGGAGGAGAACAAAGCUCUCAUUAUAGAGACUGGCACAAUCCAUUGUAUUGUGGACUGGAUAGAUAAGGCGUUGGGUGUCCCACGACGGAGAUUCCGGGGAUUUACUCCGUGGGAACUAACUGAAGGGCUCAACAAACUUGCCGUCAAUGACAGCAAUAAAAUGAAGAUCAUUGAGGAGAAUGCGCUGCCUUCCUUUCUGAAGAUGCUGCAGCAUGAGGAUGUACGGGAGCAGAGCUCAGCCGCCCGUGUCAUCUGGACGCUUGCAUUCGACAAGGAUGUGCGUAAACAGUUUCUCAACAAUGAAGAAUUGAUGACCAUCCUUCAGAAACUGACAGAGAGCACUAACAAGAGUGUGCAGACCAAUGCAAGCGGGGCAUUGUGGGUCAUCAAGGGGGAAAAUGAGAUCUCCAGAGAGAGCAAGGAGUUACAGAAACCCGAACAUGAAAGAUCUAUAGAGUAUAGAAAUCGAGCAGCAAAAGGAAAGCAGCAUAUUUUCCUGAGUUACUCGUGGUCAGACAAAGUGGAAGUGCUUAGAAUCAGGGAUAAACUUAGGGCCGAGGGUUAUGCCAUCUGGAUUGACAUAGAGAAGAUGGGAGGCUCCACCCUGGAGGCUAUGGCCCACGCAGUGGAGAAUGCUGCAGUUGUCCUUGUGUGCAUGUCUGAGAAGUAUAAGCAGAGCCCCAACUGUAGAACAGAGGCUGAGUACACGUUCCAGCUGAAGAAAGACUACAUUCCCAUCAUGAUGCAAAAGAAGUACCGACCAGAUGGAUGGCUCGGAAUAAUUCUUGGGGCCAAGCUGUACUUUGACUUCAGUGGGAAAUACCCAUUUGAAAAGUCCUUCACGGGGCUGCUAAAGGAGCUGAGAGGGCGUGGCCAGGUGGACCAGAACCAGACACCCACCAGCAGCAACGACACAAUGGACGGGCCAAUCGUUGCUUCACAAUCUCUCACCUCUCAUGCAAGCCCAGGAACUCCAGUGCCUUCAAAUGCGGCCAUCCUGAAUAUGGGCCAGGAAGAACUGAUCAAAUGGCUCCGUAAUAUCAAACUUACAGAGUGUAUACCUGCCUUUAUGGAGUUUGAUGGCCGCUUACUCAUGCAGCUGAAAACCAUGAGGACUGAGGCUCCAGAGUUUUUCUACUCCUGUCUGGAGAGAAGACUAAACAUGUCGCUGAUAGAAAUACUCAAGUUUACGCGGGCAAUCGAGGAGCUGCACUAGCGACAGGGAUAUACGGGAAUCCGAGGGACUAGGUGUAAGACUUCCUGGAUGAUAAGUACAGUAGAAUGGAUAUGGACUGGGUACACUAAUCACACAGCAAUAUAGCUCCACCGUCUAGUGAAAGGAGGUGUCAGUGUGACAAGGAAGAGAGAGCAACAAGAAUCAACGCUUGUAGAAGGAUAUAUCUAGAAGUUUGUGUUUUAUGUAAUGACCUACAUGUAGCUUGUAACAUGCUAUGGGGAAGUUCAGCCUGCGGGUGUUAUAAAAUCAUGGGCAAAUAUAAUUGAUUUACUUCUUUAUUUUUUUGGUUGAAAACUAAAAUAAUAUGAUAAGAUAAAGUAUAUACAUGCAUAGACUUUCUCAAGGUCUUAUCCAUUUGAGUUAUAGAUAAGUUUAAUCAAUGUUUAUUAAGAUGUCAAAUGUUUUUUUAUUAAAAUGUUAUAACAGCUUUAUCUUAUAAUAGUGAAGUCAUUUAUGAUAUAAAAAUAUAUACUUGUUCUAUUUAAUAUUCCAAUUUUAAUUUUUUUUACCUCAAUUUACCAAUACAUAUGUAUACAUUUAGAUUUAUUCAUUUUGCAAUAGAAAUGAUUAUACUCGAUUGUUCUGUGUAUAGAUAUUGUAAAUAUUCAUAUAUUUGAGCUUCCAAAUUUGUUGCAGUCUUUGUGAUAUAUAUUCUCAUUUUCAUGAUCCUCUUUUUGUAAAUUUUGUUAUAUUUGCCAAGUUACAUGUAUGUGACAAUUACAUGUUAAAUAUAUAUUAAAAUUUUGCACUAAAAUCCAUGUUAUGUAAAUGAAGUUGGUAUUUGUGUGUUUUGAAUAGGCAAUGUGCAGGGUUUUGUAUGGGCAUUGUUUUUUGAUAAGACAAUAUCUGCCAUAUUUAGUCUCAGCCAUAGGCUUUUUGUAUGUUUUUAAUUGCCAUUGUUAUUAUGUUUUAGUCGCCUACCGGUUACACCGCAGGGGACAUUUAGUUUACCCAUUGUCUGUUGGUCCAUCUUAUCAACAUUUAGGUUCUAUGUAUGGUUUUCAUUAGGGUUAGGACUUCCUGUUUAGUUUUAUAUAUGUAAAACUUAACUGAAAACCUGCUAUUUUUUAAAGACGGAAAACUUUAUAAGUCAUAAAUAUUGGUAAGUCUGUUUGAUUGAAAUAAGAGGAAGCUGCAAUAACUAGAGAAGAAUGCAAGCCAGAUUAUUUUACUUAAUCAUGUGAAGAACUUGGUUGCUAUGUCAACAAAAUAGUGAAAACAACACUUUUUGCUUAGAACCUGCAAUAACUCAAGAAUUGUGCAAACUAGGUCUUUUUGUCUUUAAGGAAAAAAUAUUUUCUGCGUUAACUAAAAAAGUUUAUGUAUUCUUGUGUGCAAGUAGUCAGGGGCCACGUAUGGAAAUUUUGCAUUCAUUUAAAAUGAUUGUUACUUUAGCAACAAAGCUGCAUCAAUACUGUUACGUGUUGUAAGGAUAUACAGAUAUAAUUGGUACUUUAAAGGUUAUCUACUAGUCCUUCUUUUUUAAAAACAUAUUUUAUAUGAUGCCAACUGAAAAUAAAACUGAUAACUGAUAGACCCAUUUUAACAUGACCGGUUCAUAUGUAAUGUAUAAAUAAACACAUGUUAAGUUUUUUUAAUGUGUUUUGUGAGCUAAACCAUCUUAAUGAGUUGUACAGUAAUUUGUCAUUGACAAACAACUAGUACAUUUCCUUUUCACAGCAUGUGUUGAUUCGAUGAUUAUUCACAGAGUAAUGGUCCUUUCAUUUCUCUAUGCGAUGAUAUAGGACUAUAUCUCAGUAACUACUGUCAUGAAGUCAGUAAAACUUUAUUGGAAGCUUUACUAAUAAGAAGAGAUGUAUGAAUAAUGAACACAGUGUAAUGGUUCUUAUAUAUAUAUCCUAAAUGGUUGUAAAGGUUGAUCCUAUCUUUUCAACUUGUACCCUGUCAGGACCAUACAUCAUUUCAAAUGAAAACCUUGUCAACCAUUUGAGUAAUAAGAUUGUCACCAACAAAUAUAUUAUUGUUACUAGUGAAUGUAAUAAUAUGUUGUCCCUGUUGGUUUAUUUCUGUUGUUUAUAUUUUUAAGCUAUGCAUGUCAUUUUUAUAUGCCCGUCCUAAAAAAGGGGAUGUAUUUAUAGUUUCCCCUAUGGCGUACAGGUGGGCGGGCAUGCAAGUGGUUUCCAGUAUGUUGUCCUGUCCAUAACUUUAGCAGCCUUUGUCCAAUCAUCAUCAAUUUUGGUGAGAAUAUGUAUAGGAAUAAUAUCUUGGUAAGAGUUUGUUAACCAGCCAUAUCAGUUGAAUCUCUCAAUAGUAAUUGCCCCCUAAUUAUAGAAAUUACCAAAAAUCGGUCUUGUCCGAUCAAUAACAUAAGAAAUCAAUUUCCAAUCAUAACCAGUAUAGGCAGAAUGUCUUGGUCAGCCAUAUAGCCUUUUUUAAGUCAUAACAGAGUUAUGACCCUUGAAUUGGCAAAAACUGUCUGCAGUGUUGGCUUAACUUACAACCACUAAACUUGAGAUAAUAUAAUAAUAUAUUGCUUUUUUAAUUUGUAUUUUGCUGUUGUGCUAGCGAACAUCAUGGAAUUUACUUGCUUGCCUUCAUGCAAAAAAGUUAUCCAGUGUAAGUGAUUUGCUUCUUUAUUCUCUAUAACAUUAUUGAAUUUUCUUUCAUAAUAUCAUUUUUUUGUUUAUAGGUUUUCAUGAAAAAAUUGAAUCCUGGCAAAAGAAUCUCCAACAUCUCUCUUUGUAAAGUGUUAACUUACAUACAUAACAAUCUCAUUUAAAAUUACAACAGUGACAAAUUGACAAUCACGCCAUCUUUCUGUGAAUUAUCAUAUUUGUGUGUUUACUUUGCUCUUCAAAAAUGUUAGUGAUACGUAUUUCCAAACUACAUGGGAAGAUCUUUAUGCAAAUAUGUAAGUGCCAGGAUGUGAUUCAGGUUUCCUAAUGCAAAUGGAUGACUUGAAAUAUUAAUGGUGCAUAACUUCAAAGUGAGUGAAAGAAGAAACAUGGCUUAUCCAUUUUAUUGCUUUAAUAAAUUGGAUUUGAACUAAACUUUUAGGAAAUGUAUGGUUGUCAUGUACGUAAAACACUAGAAAUGGCAAAGUGGAAAAAAGCCAUUUCUAGUGUAUAAUUUACAUGUAUAUGAAAUGUAUAAGGAAACAAAUUAUAAGUCUAUAUAACCUAAAGGCCAAAAUCCUAAUGGCUGUCUCUUCAGUUAGGCCUUUUUGGGCAUUUGUCACAUUCAUGUGACAGUUCUUGUUUUUAUUAACAUUUCUAGUAUAAAUUCUUGAUACAGUUGAACACCGUUAAUCCGAAAUAGUAGGGACCCAAAAAUUAUUUCAGAAUAGCAAUAUUUCUGAUUAACAAUUUUAAAAAAAUGACAGCGUUCGUGAUAUAUAGAUGACGUGAAAUACUAAGUCGUGAAGAUUGCAAUGUCGGUUACACGUUACCAAUACGAUACAUUGGGUUUGAGUGAUCUUUCGUACACAAAAAUAUUUGUUGAUUAAUUGUUUAAUAAAUGACAAAACAUUGGUUAUUAUACUUCUUUAUUAAAACAACAUAUCAUUAAUAACAAAAUGACAGCACAUCUAUGCAUUCGAAAUAUAGCACAGAUUAUUCGGUUAAGCUGCUCAAGUGAGCAAUGCAGAAAUCAUAUCUGAUGAGAUAGACAUUUUCAAAUGAUAUUUAGGUUGUGUUAACCAGUAACUAUAUAUACACUACAUCACCGAAAUGAAACGCUCAUUUUCUGACAUCGAUGUUUGUCACAUAUGCAUGCUCAAUGUCAUUCUUUAACAAGCGCUAAUUGUGCUCCAUUGUCACCUCACCUUCGGAACAGCGAUUAUUUUGGACUAGCGAUUUCGGAUUAAAGAUUAAAUAAUUAGUAAGACAGAAAAUCAGGACCGAAAAUAAUUUUGAAAUAGCGAUAAUUUUGGAUAAACGGUGUUCAGAAUAGUGGUGUUCAACUUUUCUUAGAAAUAAGUAAAAAUUAUCUGCAUCUGAGUAUUUAUUUUAAGAAAAAUUGUCAAUAAAAUUUGUUCAUAUAUGAGAAAAGCUGAUAAUUGUUUCAAUUAGUUAAAUUUUAUAUGCUAAAGACUCUGAGAAUGUAAAAAAAGAAUGUGUUCCUUUGUGUCCUAAUGUGGAGCAUGUUGUGAAUGUUAUCAUGGUGGAUUGUAUGGUGGAUCCCUUGUGUUUCAAUUUCGAAUAAGGGAUUUAUAGGUGACAAUUCUAAGGAAUUAAACAAGCAUACUUCAAACCAGAAGUGAUGAGGAAAACAAUUAAUUGAAUUUAAAAAAAACAACAAUUCAGGCUUAUUAUUGAACAAAAUUUGCAAUUUCAUAUGAUGUUCAUUUACAACAUGAAUGAACUGAUAAUAUUACUAUCCUGGCUUUGAAGAAGUCAAAGCUCACAGAUAAGCUGUAAUGUAUAUUAAAGGCUUUAACAUUUGUUUCAGGCUCACAUAUUUUCAUAUUGUGACAGUUGUAAUGUCCAUACACAGUGACAGUUGUAAUGUCUAUACAGUGACAGUUGUAAUGUCUAUACAGUGACAGUUGUAAUGUCUAUACAGUGACAGUUAUAAUGUCCAUACAGUGACAGUUGUAAUGUCCAUACAUUGACUAUUGUAAUGUCUAUACAGUGACUGUUGUAAUGUUUAUACAGCCAGAAUUGUAAGGUCCAUACAGCCACUGUUGUAAUUUUCAUACAGUCAAUGUUGUAAUAGUCUCUUAUUAUGUUCUACUCAAAUGCAUUGAUUACAGUGCUAUUGUUUAUGUGCUAUUUUACUCUCUAUGUCUGAUUUGUCAUGUUUGAAUGUACAUUCCCUUGUUUUUCUGUGAUAUUAUUAAGUUCUUUGUCAGAUAUUGAUCUCAAAAUACUCUUUAUACAGGUCAUUAUUUUUUAGUUAUGAAUUUUUAUUAUACCCCCGAAGGUGGGCAUAUUAAUUUUUCAUCCUUUUGAGUUUUGGUAUUAUUUGAGUGUAUUUUCUCAUUCAGGUUUAAAGACUAUAUUUAUUUUGUAGCCUUUGUUUACAAUCUGAAGUUUUUGUUGUUUUUUAGAUUUUUACUAUAGUUUGUGAUAGAAAGCAAGUCAGUGAAAGGCACAAACACUUGCUGUCAAGAGUCCCAACUUAAAAUAUUGGAAGUCAGAUUUCUCAAUUUAGACCUUGAUAUGGAUUGGAAGUCUAUUAUGAUCAGAUUUCUCAAUUUAGACCAUGAUAUCGAUUGGAAGUCUAUUAUGAUCAGAUUUCUCAAUUUAGACCAUGAUAUCGAUUGGAAGUCUAUUAUGAUCAGAUUUCUCAUUUGGACCAUGAUAUCGAUUGGAAGUCUAUUUGAGGAUCAGGUUCUCAAUUUAGACCAUGAUAUCAAUUGGAAGUCUAUAAUGAUCAGAUUUCUAAAUUCAGACCAUGAUAUUGGUUUUAGCUUGCCUGUUUUCCAUGUAACAUUAAGAUUAUAAUUUAUACUCUGUUAAUUUAACAGAUAUUUAAUUUUUAAACAUUGCUCUGUAUCCUGCCUCCAUACUAGCCUGCCUUUUUAUUUGCAUUUGUACAGUUCCGUUCUUUUUGUCCGGUUGUACAAUAAAACGCUCAGUUCCAUUCAUAAUGUCCACUGUUGUUCCUUUAAAUGCUCAGUUCUGUUCAUAAUGUCCAGUUGUACAAUAAAACACUCGGUUCCAUUCAUUAUGUCCAGUUGUACAAUAAAACACUCGGUUCCGUCCUUAAUGUCCAGUUGUACAAUAAAACACUCUGUUCCAUUCAUUAUGUCCAGUUGUACAAUAUAAAACACUCGGUUCCAUUCUUAAUGUCCAGUUGUACAAUAAAACACUCGGUUCCAUUCAUUAUGUCCAGUUGUACAAUAUAAAACACUCGGUUCCGUUCUUAAUGUCCAGUUGUACAAUAAAACACUCGGUUCCAUUCUUAAUGUCCAGUUGUACAAUAUAAAACACUCGGUUCCGUUCUUAAUGUCCAGUUGUACAAUAAAACACUCGGUUCCAUUCUUAAUGUCCAGUUGUACAAUAAAACACUCGGUUCCGUUCUUAAUGUCCAGUUGUACAAUAAAACACUCGGUUCCAUUCUUAAUGUCCAGUUGUACAAUAAAACGCUCAGUUCCGUUCAUAAUGUCCACUGUUGUACAAUAAAACACUCGGUUCAAUUCUUAAUGUCCAGUUGUACAAUAAAACACUCAGUUCCAUUCAUUAUGUCCAGUUGUACAAUAAAACACUCGGUUCUGUUCAUAAUGUCCAGUUGUACAAUAAAACGCUCAGUUCUGUUCAUAAUGUCCAGUUGUACAAUAAAACACUCGGUUCCAUUCAUUAUGUCCAGUUGUACAAUAUAAAACACUCGGUUCCGUUCUUAAUGUCCAGUUGUACAAUAAAACACUCGGUUCCGUUCUUAAUGUCCAGUUGUACAAUAAAACACUCAGUUCCAUUCAUUAUGUCCAGUUGUACAAUAUAAAACACUCGGUUCCGUUCUUAAUGUCCAGUUGUACAAUAAAACACUCGGUUCCGUUCUUAAUGUCCAGUUGUACAAUAAAACACUCGGUUCCGUUCUUAAUGUCCAGUUGUACAAUAAAACACUCAGUUCCAUUCAUUAUGUCCAGUUGUACAAUAAAACAUUCAGUUCUGUUUGUACAAUAAAACACUCAGUUCCAUUCAUAAUGUCCAGUUGUACACUAAAAGACUCAGUUCUGUUGAUAAUGUCCAGUUGUUCAACAAAACACUCAGUUCCGUUCAUAAUGUCCAGAUUUACCAUAAAACAUUCAGUUUUGUUCAUUAUAAACAGUUUUAUGCUUAUACAUGCACUGAUGCAGUGACAUGCCAAUUUGAAAACCUUUUUAUUUCACUGUAUAUAAAUUUUUAUUUUGUAAACUUCUUUUAAAAACAAAAUUCCAUGUUGCUACAUAAUAUUAUCGAUCAAGUAUUCCAAUAUUACACACAAUUGUGUGAUAAGGACUUGAUGCAUGAUCUUGUUCAUUUCAUCCAAUCUUGUUGCCAUAUUAUGUACACUGCUAUUUUUAAAUAUGCAUAACAUAAUUAUGAAGGAUUUUCUCAGCAUUAGUUACGGUUUAAGUGCAUGGUUCUGUUUAUUUUUGCUGGACUUGUUUUUUUAUGGCAGACAUAUAGGGAUCAUGUUGUACGGCGUCGGUGUUGUCAUCCGAGUUGUUAUUUACUUACUUUUGCAUUUCUUAUCCAAUCCUUGCCAAGCUAGGCUAAAAAGUUUAUGAGCAAAUAAUCUCCACUAUCUUUGAUCAACAGUCAAAUAACAUUAUUGACUUUAGAGUUUUGGCCAUUGGAUUGUCACCAUUUGACAAAAUUCACUUGAUCAUUUCUUAUGCAAUCUUUACCAUAUAUUGUUACAAUAAUUAUGGGUGAGUUCAAUCAGCAGCCAGAUCGCAAGAUUAAUAAAUCUGGAGUUAUGGCCCUUGAAUUGUCCGAACUUAACCAACUGAUACACUUUUUUUUUUUGCCAUGAACCAUAUGUAAAACAAUGUUACGCCAUAUUUAAUAUUUUAAAAUAAAACAUACUGAUUUGGGGUAUUUCCACCACUGAGGGGAUGGAAAGUCGAUAGGGAAGACGUAAAUUAUCUGUAAAAUUCUUUCUACCAAAUUAAAAAUGACUGUCCUCUUCUACUCAAGCAUUUCUUCUCCAACCCUAAAGCAAGUUUGAUGCAAUGCUGAUUGAAAUUAAAUCUGAUUUGCCCAUGAAAUGUCAAAUUUUCGCCAAGUUCACUUUGUUCACUGUUUACGCCAUUUUGUCAAACUAUGUGAGGAAUAGAUGCAAUCAUUGGUUUAGUGUAAUACUGCAUACACUUUUAUUACAUAGUUUUGUUUGACAAUGAUGGCUGCUCCUGACAGGCGACAAAUCUAAGUAUUGUUUUUCGUUAAAAGGUAAAUGGUUAAUUUGUAUCAAUGCACGAAAAUGUCUAGUGUUGUAUUUAUACUAAAUAAAGCAGUUAAACACCA